AUGGCAAACAAUAAGGACACAGCUAACACCAAAUCAUCGGAGAAUUUGAAACAAUUUCUCAAUACAUUACCUCUCGACAAACGAAAACAAGCUGCGACUUUAUUGUAUCGCGUUCGCAAGAAUUUGCAUGAUGUGAUUCCCACCAAAGGACCGGUAGACUCUUACCUGAAAGAACUUGCCGGGCUGCGUUCCAUAUUUGCUCCUCUUCCGCUCUCGGUUCGACAGAAUACGAAGCCCGUUCUGAUUGAGGCAUUAGAACAGAAUCUGAAUGCCUCCCCGUUCCUGUUCGCAUUGUGUUCCAAAUGUCUAUGCCUGUUGGAAUUGACGGCCAUUCGAAACGCCGAUCGUAUUGAUCUAGAGGCAGAAGAUGUUCGACGUACAGUCCAUCAUCUGAACCGCACAAUCAUCCCACAGUUGAGCACAAAAGUGCUUGCUUUGCGCACCAAUAUGCCCCGUUUAGAAGCUUGGUCGUUAGGAAUUCUUAUUUUUACCUAUCAGGCUUGUAUAGAAUGCUUAUCUUCACAGAUAGACAUGUCGGAGGACGACGGUCAAUUGACUGUUCGACUAGAUUAUGAUCCAAACGUUAUCAAGCAUACAUGUAUGCCCGUUGUCUUGAGCAAGUUUCUUCAAUCACAGUCAAAGCGUCGACCAUAUCCGAUCCCACCAGCACCGUUUAAGCUGUUCGACCUAUUAUUCUCGUGUUCCGUGUCUACAAACUACCGACUGAUGACCAAAGCUCAGGCUGUACCACCGUAUGAUCCAACAGUAUGUCCCUUGGAAAUGUUUGAGCCAAGCCCGUCUAAACGCCCGUGUGUAACAGAUCCAGCGAGCCAGAAGCCGAGUCAGCCCCUGUCCAUUUUUAUCCCCGAUAUGUCCGCAGAAGAGCUGGAAACAACAUUGAUGACCAGUUCAAGCAAACGUGUAUUGCUGGUACUCCAUGAACUAAUCCGCUUCUCUUCUAAACCAAUCAAAUCUUCCUCGGACACGGUUCCUGUGUGGGUUGUGGCACUCAAAUGCACACCUCACAUUCUCAUAAAACUGCAGCACAAAUCGGACAAGAAAGUUGCCCAGGAAGACAGCAUAUCCGCUCCUCUAACCACUUACGAAGAAGCCCAUGGCCUCCUGCUGCGACUGUGGUACCGGGCCAGCGAGCAGCGAACACUACUGACUGGUUUGCCACAAUCUUAUUUGUGGCUUAUGGCCUUGGUACAUCCGCACUACGAGCGCAUGAGCGAAUCCGGUUUUCUCAACUCCGUUGUGUGGCUAUCUCGUUUCCUCACCGCGUAUCAGUCACUUUUCCGUUCAAACAUAUUGGCCUCGCCACACUGGUACCUGCAAGCGAUCGCGGAUGUGGUUGUGGCCGUGAUUGACCGAUUAGAAAAUGCAACUACGCAAAAUUUGGACACAUUGGAAGAUACAAUGUGCGCCUGCUUGGUUGCCAUCGGUCGACCAUACAGUGCUCUCGGAGCGGACGAAUCCGAUGCUCGGCCGGAAUUGUCCCGUGUAAUCAAAAUGCCCUUGGAGACAAUUUUGGCCCGAAUGGCUUGUUGUCGUACCGGGCGCAGUGAGACUGGUGCGUCCCACGCGAGAUCAGGACACGUUAUGAAUGGACCCGUUCGACCGGUACUUGGACGUCGGGUUCGAGAGAUUCUAAAUAAUUAUCUUCUCUUGCCUAUGAUUAAAACGAUGGAUCCAUGGGCACUGGGACAAACGAUGGUCGGAUUGAGACCGGCCACAGCCAAACUGUUGCUGAAACAGUUGGUCGGAGAAAUUCAGACCACAGACAACCGAUGGGAAGGUGCACGUGUGGCAGAACGUUUAAAAGAGGUGAAGAAACCGGUUGCAGUGGGCGGGUUACAUGUGGCUGAAAAAUUGGCCGUCAAACGGAAACGAAGAUGA